AUGGCGGCCGAGCCCAAGAUCUUAGAGCUCUCCAACGGCAGGAUCACCGCGAGGCUCUCGAACUGGGGAGCCACCAUCACCUCCCUCCUCGUCCCCGACGCCCAAGGGAGUAUCGCGGAUGUGGUCCUCGGAUUCGAUGACCUGGACCCGUACGUGAAAGGCAUGUCACCUUAUUUUGGCUGCAUAGUUGGCCGAGUUGCGAAUAGGAUCAAGGAUGGGAAGUUUAGACUAAACGAAGUUGAGUAUUCAUUGCCUGUCAACAAUGGACCUAACAGCCUUCAUGGUGGGUUGAAGGGAUUUGAUAAGGUUGUGUGGGAUGUCGUAGAGCACAAGGAUGGUGAAUGCCCAUCAAUAACUUUUCAGUAUCACAGCAAGGAUGGUGAAGAAGGCUAUCCAGGGGAUGUAACCAUUCGGGCAACAUACUCACUUCCUGAAGCUACUACUCUAAGACUGGACAUGGAAGCUACACCAGAAAAUAAAGCAACUCCUAUAAGCCUGGCACAGCACACUUAUUGGAACCUUGCAGGCCAUGCCUCUGGUGACAUCUUAAAUCAUUCAAUACAGAUAUGGGGGAAGCACAUCACUCCAGUUGAUGAAAACACAAUUCCCACUGGUGAGGUAAUGCCCAUCAACGGCACUCCUUUUGAUUUCACAACAGAGCACAAGAUUGGAGAGCGCAUCAAUGAUGUUCCUGGAGGGUAUGAUCAUAACUAUGUGCUGGACUGUGGCGAUGAGAAGAAUGGCCUGAAGCAUGCGGCCAAGCUGAGAGAUCCAUCAAGCUUGCGGACCCUAGAUCUCUGGACUGAUGCACCUGGCAUGCAGUUCUACACCGCCAACUAUGUGAAUGGCAUCAGUGGCAAAGUGGGUGCUGUCUAUGAGAAGCAUGCUGGAGUAUGCUUGGAAACCCAGGGGUUCCCUAAUGCCAUCAACCAACCUAAUUUUCCCUCUGUAGUUGUUCGGCCUGGUGAGAAGUAUAAGCACACUAUGCUGUUUGAGUUCUCAAACUGA